GCACAUGCAUCCCUGGUGUCAUUAAUGUUUCAUCUUCUUUGCUGAGGGGGCUUCCUGCAGCUUUAGCCCACUCACCAUCUCCACUAGUCGGGGUGGGGUGUGGGAGUGGACUAACCAUAGUGCAGUUUUCUGAUGGGAAGCUGAGAAAACCCACAAAACCCUAGUUGUUUCCUCCGUGCCCAAACACCUGCUGCCCAUGUAACCCCUCAUCCUUGCUACUCCUGUCCUGUCAAGUUGUAAACUUUGGAUACCUGUGAUACUGGAGCCCGGACACACACCCUGGAGGCACAGACAGGAGGUGGAAGGAUGGGUACAUUCCUCUUCCUCUACGUUGCUGUGUCUCUUCUGAGGACAACAUUCAGCUGCCCUGAGGCAUGCUCCUGUGUGGAUAAAUACAAUCAACAGUUUGCUGAUUGCACGUACAAGAAGCUACAAAAGGUUCCAACUGGGUUCCCUUCCAAUGUCACCACCCUUAGUCUUUCAGCCAACAAAAUCAGCUCACUAAAAAAAUCCAACUUUGUUGGGGUGCCACAGGUGACAUCACUGUGGUUAGCUCAUAAUGAUAUUAGUUUAGUAGAAAGAGGUACUUUGGCAACGUUGGCUUAUCUUAAAAACCUGGAUAUUAGUCAUAACCAACUAGUGGAAUUCCCAUGGGAGGAUCUAGCCAGCCUCCCUGCCCUCCAACUGCUAAAAAUGAACAACAACCGUAUGGUAAACCUACCCAUGAAUGCCUUUGAUAAUUUAAAAGAUCUUAGGUCUCUCCGAAUAAAUAAUAAUCAUUUUAAUGUAAUUCGCGAAGGAACCUUCAAGCCUCUUGCUUCUCUUCUACAUAUUCAGAUCUACAAUAAUCCCUUCCAGUGCACUUGCUCACUCGUGUGGCUGAAGAAAUGGAUUGAGGAAGCUCAAAUCACUGUAGCAGACAAGGACUUAAUUGUAUGUAGCUCCCCUGAAGAGCUCCAAGGGAAGGCACUUAGUAAAAUUCCGGAUUUGCCAUGUAGGGCCCCUAGUGUACAACUAAGCUACCAUCCUAAUCUUGAUAGCACUGAGUUAUAUGAUGGAUUUACUCUCACUUUACACUGUUUGGUCAGUGGUAGCCCCAAGCCAACAAUCCAGUGGAAAGUUCGCAAUUCAACUCAAGAGACUGAGCUUAAAUUGCCCAGUGAUGGGGCCAAAGGCGAGUUAUCUGGAGAUUUUCUGGUUUAUCAGAAUGGAACACUGGUCAUUCCUCACCUUAGCAAGAAAUUUGAAGGAGCAUAUACUUGUAUAGCCACAAAUGAGAUGGGAAGUAGCCAGAGUUCGGUCAAUGUCUCUGUGGCAGGAAGUCAGAAAUAUCCCACAAAGGUUGAGGAUCCAGCAUCAGAAAAGAUACCUACAGAUACUAAAAAAAUUGCAGAUAAGGAACUGGGAAACAGUGUUCUUAAAGAAGAUAAAACAGAGGAAAAAUCGAAUUCCAUAAUACCAACAGUGUCAACUGCUGGUACUGAGAAUAACAAGAUAAACACCAUUGAAAACUUUCACUCAAAUGAGAAGAAAUGUGGACCUAGUGUAGGAGGCCUGCAUGUUUCCAACCAUGCCUUUAAUGAGAGUAGCAACUUGAAACCUCAUGUGUUUGAUCUGGGUGUAAUAGCUCUGGAUGUAUCAGAGAAAGAAGCAAAGGUACAAAUAACUCCAUAUAAUACACAUUCUGGUAAACGGAACCUAAAGAUGCUAUACCUCUGUCAGGAAAGUCCUAAAGGUUUUACUUUGGUUCAGUGGUCAGAAAUUGAGGAUCGAGUAAACUCCUACUGGUUUCAAGGUCUAACACCUGGCACCAACUAUUCUGUAUGCCUAACGUACAAAGGAGAAGACUGCCAAGUGCAGGUGGUUUUUACUACUAAAAAAGAAGUGCCCUCUUUGAUCAUAAUCAUUGUAGUCAGUGUUUUUCUCCUUGGUUUGGCCACCAUACCUCUAGUGGGAGCCACAUGUUGUCACCUGCUUACUAAAUAUCACGGUAAAAAUUAUAAAUUAAUAAUGAAGACCCACAAACAAGAUACAAUGGAGAAGCAGAUGUCUGCUGAUUUUGACCCUAGAUCAUCUUAUGUGGAGUCAGAAAAGAAUUUUGACCCUAGCGAAGCUGUAAGAGAAGAAGGAGAAGCAGAGGCAGAAGCAGCACCUUCAGAAGAGGUUGAGAAAGAGGUUGAAGGAAGUGUAUUAGAUGAAACCCUUCCAAGCUCUGAGUCCAAAACCAACCACGAAGAUUUUGAGGUGGGAUCUGAGUACAGUGAUAAGCUCCCUCUGGGAGCUGAGGCUGUGACCAUCUCUGAAGAGAUUAAUGGUAACUACAAGGAGUCUGCCCGCUGAUAUGUCACAAGGUAUCAAGAAAUCACCUUCAUUCAAUCCCUUUGAUUUAUCUGCCAAUGUGUUCAAGAGUGAGACCUUCUUUAAUUCAGUAACCCAUCAGUAAUCCUGUGAAACCCCUGCAAGAAUAAAAACCUGAAUUAUCCUCCCAGUCUCUCCAGAAAUGUGCUCCUUAUCAAGAAUUUACAGGUGAAAGGAGGAGCGCAAGGCAUUCACGCAAGUUAAGAAGUGCAAUGGAUAAACUUUACUUAAUAACUAUAAUGACAGUGUUCUCACUAGUGUUUUUGAGCCUAGGCAUACAGCAAAUCAAUUUUCACCAAUCCAAAGCCUCAAUGAAUAGGUUCUGCCCAUCACAGCAGUAGACAGCUAUGCUGGUGGGUUCAUAACACUGCACAUUUGUAUGCAUGCCCUGUGUGUCGCAUAUCUGUGUGCAUCAAAGUGUUAAUGUAGCAAUGUUUGUGAAUAUGCCACAAAAUGUGUAAUUUAGGCUAGUCUAUAAAAAAAGUGUCAAUGUUUUGCCAACAGGUGAGUGCACAGUGCGUAUAUAUAUAUAUAUUUACAGGUAAAUGUAUAUAAAAGAGUGUUUCUGCAGAGAGCACUUACAGCAUACCAUGGUGUAUACCUGCCUACAAAACCACAUACACAUACCUAGCAUCUUAAUUAUUCGCAGUUUAUCUUAUUGUUCCAAGCAUUUGCUACACAUCUACACAUUAUUUCAAUUUAAUGAGCCCCUGAGGAUUUGCACAUUCAAAAGAUCAAAAAAAUAUUGUUUAUUCAUUGGAGUCUCAAAACCGAGAUGAUGAAACAGUAACUUUUAAUAUAAUGGGCCUAUAAUUCUACUACAGUAUACAAAUCUUUAUCAUCAAAUCCAGACUGCAGCUACCCAACCCUUUUAGAAGUCAUAUAUAAACCAGGACUAAAUAUCUACUGAAUUCUAUAAUGCAUGAUCAGAUGCUCUCCAUCAACAAUUAGAAUAGAAAAUCAGAUCUAUGUGAAUCCCAAGGAGAUCUAAUUACAGUAAAACUAGAGGAUUAUGGCGGAAAAAUGAGUAAUAAGGGUGCACCUGCACUACAUCUCUUCUGAGCUACAGUACUAUACAACCUUCUAACCGUGCCUCUUGGGACUACACCACAGUCCCUCUGCUGCAAGUCAAAAGGACACCCAGUUAACCUCUAACUGCCCUGAUGAUAGCACAAUGUUUCUAUGGAGCAAAUCUUUUAUCUAUAGUCAGAGGGUAUAAAGGUGCAGUUUGGGGGCCUUCAUCAUCAUGGAUAAACUGAAUCUGGAAGUCAACUUUGGACAUAGCCUUCAGUCUACUAUGGACACAUUAUUUGUUUUCAUUUCUGUAGGCAGCAUUUAUAAUGUUCCAAAUAGGAAUCAGUUACGUAUGUUAAUCACAGUUUUUUAUUAUUACAGUGUUUUUAUGCUUUUUUUAUUCCGUAAUGAUAUUAUAUUUUAGCUGAUAUUAUAUGUCGCUUUCGGGUAUAGUGAGUCCAGUUUAGUCCAAUUUUACAACUGGGAUGCUCAGUUGGGUGGAAAAAGUGGAGACGCAUAAUUUUAUUAUAAAUUAUGAUCUACAUUUGAAUGAUUGUUAUUGGACCCACAGGGCCACCAGUGUAUAUUCUUAUUGUCAAUUUUACAAAUCUUUGACUAAGGUUGCCAGAGACUGGCACCUAAUAUGUGAACUUGUUACUGCAGGUAUGUACCAUAUUUACAGUAUAACAACAUAUACUGGGCAUACAAUCUGCAAAUGUCUAUACUGCACAUAUCCAUGCACUUAAUUGUAACUGUCUCAGUGCCUGAACCAUAUCCAUUGUUAAAGAUUUUUACCUUUCUACUAAUGUUUUGUUGUGGUUUGAUACUUUAGAUAUUUUGAGUGUUUUUUAUUUGUUUUUAUAAUAGUGACUUCUUUGAAUAUUAGGGGAAUAAUAUAAGUGUUACACGGGACAGUUUUUAAUAACAUGGUGCUCAAUAUACUAACUUCUGGAAGAAGAUUUUUGAAAUGUAGAAUAUCUCAGAGGGUCACUGACCGAAAAACAUUAGGAAAGUUACGGAGCAUAGGCAACAUGUAAGUUAUUGUUUUAUGAUAUAAAACACCUAUCAUAUCUACUCAAAUAGAAUUCUCUAUCAAGGAAACUUUACUAACUGAGGGUAAGCAGGUGUGCAUUUUUUUGUUAAAUAUAUAUAAGGAUAUUAGAUUUCUGCACCUAUAAUCUCUUCCAAGUUUAACAAGUUUACUAAUUUUGAGGGAACUUUCAGAGACUAGGACCUGUUAGGACAUGGACAUAUAAAUCACAUCAGCAUCUGAUCUUAUAACCACAAUUGCAAAGAAAAAGUAACAUAGCUGACCAUCAUGGGUGGAGUGGGAACAUGUGGUCCUGGAAGAAUCCUAAAAGUGGUCCCAUCUUGUAGGCAGGUCCAAAUUAACAGAAAGCGGGACAACAGAAGUUGGCAGGGACAGCUGAAGUAGGUGAGGCCUGCAAUACUAUAGAGCACCACAAAAUACCACCCCAGCAGAACCAAAUAGCACAGUGCAGCAUAAAAUACUGCAGCGUUCACCACAGUAGUUAACUGUAUCACUGCCCUGAGGAUGGUAAUUCAGUGGAGUUCAGGAAGGCACCUGCGGCCAUUGGCCAGGUGCACAAUUACCUGAUGCUUCUAGCAUUAAUUAAUACUUAGAACAUCAGAUUGGAAAUUUUCCUGUAAGGUCUAUGGCCAGUCCCCUCCUGCUGACCGUAGUAACCAGGGUGGGCUGGUGGAGCAUGUGCUUUGGCAGCUGGGUGCCAGAUGGGGUACUAAGCCACUCUGUCCAGGGUAUUUUAGCUACAAGGAUAGAUCGGUGAAUUCAAUCUUUACCCCACUGCAUUUUGGGUAACUAAUUAUGCUGCAGAUUUCUUUUAAAGAUGGCCUCUGAAUAACGAGUUUUAGAAUCUGAUCUAAAUCUUCCCUACUGUUGCGAUUUAUAUUAAGAAGAAUAGCAGAUUUCUACAUUCCUUGGUGCCCUAACCCGUGUCAUAUCCAUCUUUUACAAAGAAAUUUUCUAGCUAUUCUACUAAGUUAUAUAUUGCUAUUACACGACACUAAGCCAUUUAUCUUGCUCAAAUUAAAUCUAGAGUCAGCUCAUUUUUCAGUUCCAAUAAAAGCAAACUAGCGUGACAUGAGUGCAGAGAAAGAAAUCCCUCUUAGUAUAGGCCAUGCAUGACUAAUGAUAAAUCUGGUCCCUAUAGUAGAUAAAUGAUCCUCCAAUUAACCAUGGAAUGUCCAAAGCCAUAGUAGACUAUGCUUUGAUGUGACAUCUUUAGUCCUGCUGACGUCUAAGUUUAAAAGUCAGUAGAAAUCUCAAUCAAUUAUUCAUUCAAAGAUAGUGCUCAGACAGACUGGUGGUACACAUCUAUUUAGGAGAAAUAGGCACAAAUGGACAUAUUCAAUUGCUGUCAGCCAAAUGACAUACAUGUUCGGUUUGGCGUGUAUGUGUUGUCACUGGGGAGAGAAGAGAAAGCAGCCACCACACACCUCUGGUGGUGGCUUAUCUCCUAGGAGAACAUGAGGAUCAAGAGAAAAUAUUUAGCUUACCAGAUCCUUCACUGUCCUGACAUCAUCUGUCAUAGGAGAGUUACCCUUUAAAGGGAGUCUGUCACAUUUUUUUAGCGUCCAAGACCGCUCAUAUCACGUUAUUGCAUAGUUCACCUCAUUUAAGCAGUACCUGUUUUGUAUAUGUCCAAUGUAGAGAAGCUGAAAAAACAAGCUUAUAACGAUAUGCUAAUUAGGUCUCACAAGUGCCCACAGGUGGCGUUAUGGCCGCAAGUGCCCAGACCCCUUGCUGAUGUGCCUGCCUAACCACUCCCCUUGCAGUCCUCCGGCACGCUCUGCCCUCUUUGUUCCUAAUCCUCCUCUGCCUCUGAGAUCUCAUGCCUGCCCGGUCCACCGCCAAACUAGGAUGGUAGGGUGGGCCAGAAGACUGCAAGGGGAGUGGUUAGGCGAGUACAUCGGCGAGGGGCCUGGGCACUUGCGGCCAUAAGCAUAUAAUUCUAAACUCAUUUUUUCAGCUUUUCUACGUGGGACAUAUGAUAAAGGUACUGUUUAAACGAGGAGAAACUAAGCAAUAUGAGUGGUCUAGAACGCUAAAAGUAGGUGACAGACUCCCUUUAAUUCACCUGCAACACCACCACGAAGGAAAUUAUGUAUUGCAUAGUUUCCAUUUAGGCUGUCAAUAUUAUGCUGUUUGUAUUGGGUCCUCCAUUCUCCACACCACUUGAUAUACUGUAUAAGAUACUUCAAUGGGUAAACCCCCAAUUGGUGUACAUGACAAUGUGUAAACAGCCAAUCCCUUCUAUCUGAAUACUAUUGCUUAACAUUGAAUGCUAUUGAAUGCAAAUGACCCUCAUUAUUCUGUAAAAAUAAAAUUCUAAUUAGUAAGAAAAACAGCACAGCACCGCGGAAGGGGCUUUUUAUGUAUAUUGUAUAAGCUGUGUAUCUAUUGUACUUUUGCAGUUAAUAUAGCUUUUAAUUUAAGACUUAAAGAACUUUCCAUUUAAGACCUUUACAAAAGUAAUAUGGUUUCCAUUUUCUGUCAAUGUAUAUUAUAAUCGGUUGCAAUGAAUAAACAAAAUACCAAAGUUUCGAAAAGUUUAGUUACAACUAGAGAUGAGUGAAAUUAUAAAAAAUUUGAUUCAGCUGCUUUGCCGAAUUUUACAAAGGAAUUCGAUUUAUGACAAAUUACUUCAUCACGAAGCUCAUUCUUUGUAUGUAGCGGACGCAAUGACGGGCCGCCCCCCUUUCAUUGAACCCCUCAGAUGCCACGUUCAUUGCUGAUCGCAGCAUCUGAGGCUACUAUUUAGACCUUUUAGUGGUUAAUCAAGGUAAAAAUAAUUUUUUUAAAUGCUCACCUUAUCCAUUUGCUUACGUAGAGGCCGUUGUGGCCUUCUUGAAUGACGACACCAUGCGUUGACAUGAUGACGUCAUCACACUGGCCGGGCACGGUGAUGUCAUACUUCGCGUGCAAAUGGAUAAGGUAUGUACUUUCUUUGUUUUGAAUGCCAUUUUAGGGUAAGAUGAUAAUUCGUAGCACAUCAAAUUUUCCCUGAAAUUCGGAUCGAAGUCAAUCAAUUCUAUUCUCUCAACACUAGUUACAACUAAGGUAUUCUAAGAAUAUAAAACAAUGUAUUAGAAUGCAUUAGAACAAGGUUUUCCGCAGUACCUAGUCUGCUGUAUGACCAAGCUUAGUAGUAUUUUACCAUCAACUGUACCUGGAUGUUAAAGUGACAAGUACAAUGCUCCCUAAAUACUUAUUUUCACCACAAUUGCUGCUAUUUUGUCAUACAUAUUUUCUUUAUCAUCUCUUUAUAUGAAAUCUACGGUUUCUUGAUUCUACUCCACAGACCAGCAGUCCUACAAAUCUUUCUAAAGGCUUGCUGUAAGCAUCAUUUACAGGCCUCCAUUUGGCUCACUAUGGCAUCAGUUUGCAUUCUCUUUUUUAUGUUGGCUAUGUACUAUUUCCCUAACCGAUGUGUAUUGUUAUUAGUAAGAUGUUUGUCAUUGUGUGAUGUUGGUUAAGAAUACAGAGGCACUGAGAUAUGAUGUAUACAAAACCAAUAAAAUGCUGUACUAACAGGAAA